GUCGUUUCGUCAGUAAGAAGAUUGAGUCUUAUUAUAUUGUGUAUAACAAACCGGUAGCCAGGCCUAGAAUUAUGGAUCUGUAUGGCGACCAAAGACUGGCUGUGCUUAUGGCCUCGUUCCUGCUUAUGUGGUCCACUGCUGCAGGGGACUUGGAGCCAACAUUAGGUCGAUGCUGUGCCUACGGGGCAAACUGGGCUCGGGAGUCUCAGGCGUGCUCUUCAUUCCCCACCAUUAUGACUGCCAUUCCCACCGAACACCGGUCUGUCUGCAUUACCGCUGCUGCCAUUUGCUGCCUAAGAUACUUCAGAGAUGAGCAAUGUCAGAAGGGGAAGCAAGUGGCACAAGUGGGCCAGGAUUGUAUGGCUUCCACCAGCCAAGGAGGGGAGUAUUUCAAGGACUGUUGUCAGGGGUGCAAGCUGGGUCUUUUCAGUGGGAGCAUGGGCAUGGGGUGCAGCACACGCUUUAAGUUUGGCAUUCCUUGGGACUAUGCCUACUUGCAAUGCUGCAGUCAGGCAACAUCAAGUAACACCUCCCCAGACUUGGCAGGUAAUCAGGAGGUGGACAGUGAAAAUCUAUAUCCAGGGCUGGGGAUCCUGGGUUCACAAGGGGUUAUUCCAGAUUCGGAAAAUCUGUGCGCAAAAUUGCCUGGCAAACUGUGCUCAGAUUUGUGUGUCCCAACUCCUGGCUCCUACCGCUGUAUGUGUCGCGCUGGCUUUUCACUCUCCGUUGAUGGGAAGACAUGCAUUCAAGACACUGUGACAGACAGGUGCCAAGUAAAUAAUCCAUGCGACCAUGUAUGUAGGGACACAGGAGUCUCUAUAGUAUGCUCAUGCAAUCGGGGCUUCACCCUCAAGGCUGAUCAAAAGUCAUGUGGAGAUAUCAAUGAGUGCACCAGUGGUGUGCAUAGCUGUGUAGCAGUGGAGCAGGUGUGCUAUAACCUGGUGGGCUCUUAUGUCUGCAUCAACACCGAUGGCUCUUUCUCUGCCCCUGGACCUACGCCUCUUCAGGGUAAUUCUCCUGGCAGUCUGCCAUCAGAGCCCAGACCACCAGGCUUUGAAAUAAGUAAUGAAAUAGCACAAGGUCACUCACCUAUCAUCAGUGGCUCUGGAGCCCUUGGAGUGCAAGGAUUUCCUGGGACCAACACUGAACUGGGAGUCUUGGGUCUCUCCCAUUCCCAGGGCCGUUGUCCUCCAGGCUACAGUUUUAAUCUUGAGAGACAAGCAUGUGAUGAUGUUGAUGAAUGUGAGGUCACUUCUGGCUUAUGUGGUCGAGGAGGUAUCUGUCACAACACCAUUGGCUCCUACACCUGCACACGUGUGCCUCUUGCUGACUGCCCCCCUGGGUUUGCUUUUGACUUGAACCUACAAUCUUGUUUGGAUGUUGAUGAGUGUGUGGAUGGUACUAACAACUGCAACUGGACAACACACUUCUGUGUCAACACCCAAGGUGGCUACAUGUGUGAGGAGAAGGGUGGCUCUACUGACUGUGUUGCUGGGUACAAAUUUAGCAUUCGGCAAAAUAAGUGUAUAGAUGUUGAUGAAUGUGCUGAAGAGCUACAUGGCUGUCACCCAGAUAAGGAAACUUGCAGGAACACUGCUGGGGCCUAUGAGUGUGACAAGAUGUGUGAAGAAGGCUUUCAGUACCAACCAGUUCUUAGAUCUUGUGUAGACCAGGAUGAGUGUGUCAGUACUCCCUGUAAACCUGGCUGGGAGUGUCACAACACAGUGGGGUCCUACUUGUGUCAUGAGCUUCCACGUGCCUUCUGUCCUGCAGGAUUCAAACCUUCCAAUGGCACUGCCACUGGCUGUGAAGAUGUUGAUGAAUGUCUGGAAGAUCUACAUUCCUGCCACACUGAUAGAGAAUUCUGCAUUAAUGAAAUUGGCAAGUAUCGAUGUGAAGCCAUCAUCAUCAGUGAUGUAAAUACAGAUAGAAGCCAGUUUGAACGAGUGCCACAUGACACAUCGCAAACUCCUGUACAGGAGUGUCCUCAUGGAUUUGGCUAUGACCUGACAUCCAGACAGUGUCUUGACAUUAAUGAAUGUAUUGCUGGCAUUGAUGACUGCAUUCAAGGUGAAAGGUGCAUCAACACUUUGGGAGGCUUUGUUUGUCAGCCCCAUGUUCGUUGCCCUGCUGGCCUUGCUCCAGACUCAGCCACUGGAGAAUGUAAAGAUGUUGAUGAAUGUGCUGCAGGUGUUGCCAACUGUCUCCCUGGCCAGAUUUGUUUUAACACUCAAGGAGCCUUUGAAUGUCGUGUGGAUUGUCAGGAUGGCUUCAGAUAUGAUCCUACACGUGAAUGAAUGUGAAACGGAGGAACAUAACUGCAACAUCCCCAAAGAGGAGUGUGUCAAUUCUCCUGGUACCUACAGAUGUAAGCCUCGCCCAGACUGCCCCGUUGGGUUUACCAGAGACGCCACAUCACUCAGAUGUGUUG